UCUUGCCGUAUCCUCCAUUAAUCUUCACGUUCGAGCUGAAAUUCAAGCUCCAAUGGCGAUGUCGUUGUCUUCCUGUGCGGUGGCGGACUUGGUGGUGAAGAACGCACUCAUUUUCACCAGCGAUGAUUCUCUUCCUUUCGCCGAUUCCAUGGCCAUACUCAACCGCAGGAUUCUUCGUGUUGGCACUUACUCAGCUGUCCAGGACUUGGUCGGACAAGGGACAAAAGAGUUGAAUCUCGGGGGGAAAAUUGUGGUUCCUGGAUUUAUUGAUUCACAUGGCCACUUAAUUUAUCAAGGACUACAGAUGAAGCAAGUGAACCUUCAUGGUGUAAAUCAUAAAAGCGAGUUUGUGAGAAGGAUUGCAGAAGCAGCUAAAAAUGCUAAGAAAGGAAAUUGGGUAUUGGGUGGUGGAUGGAACAAUGAUCUUUGGGGAGGUGAAUUGCCAAUGGCUUCUUGGAUUGAUGAUGUUACGCCAUCUAACCCUGUUCUUGUGUCAAGGAUUGAUGGUCAUAUGAGCUUGGCUAAUAAUGUAACACUUAAAUUGGCUGGAAUCACUAAUUUAACAGAAGAUCCAGAAGGCGGGACUGUAGUGAAAACUAUUGGUGGAGAUCCUACUGGAGUGUUGAUUGAUUCUGCACGGAAAUUGGUCUUACCUUUUAUUCCCGAGGUAACAGUGGAGGAAAGAAGAGAAGCAUUGAUAAGAGUCAGUAAACUUGCUUUGGCUAGAGGUGUUACAACAAUACUUGAUUUUGGGAGAUAUUAUCCAGGAGAAUCAGUGAAAUUAUCGUGGGAAGAUUUUUCAGAUGUGUAUCAGUGGGCAGAUUCUUCAGGGAAGAUGAUGAUCAGGGUUUGCUUGUUUUUUCCAAUGGAAACAUGGUCAUAUCUACACGAUCUUAUUCACAAAAUGGGACAAGUUGUGAGCCCAUGGGUUUACUUGGGUGGUGUCAAGGGUUUUGCUGAUGGAUCUUUAGGUUCACAUACUGCUCUGUUUCAUGAGCCUUAUGUUGAUGAGCCUGAUAACUGCGGCAUGCAAAUGACAGAACGUGAGAACCUUUUCAAUAUGACCAUGGAAUCAGAUAAAUCUAAGCUUCAAGUUGCUAUUCAUGCCAUUGGCGACAAAGCAAAUGAUAUGAUCCUUGAUAUCUAUGAAUCUGUAAUUUCCACAAAUGGACCAAGGGAUCGAAGAUUUAGGGUUGAGCAUGCUCAACAUUUGGCACCUGGAGCUCCUGAACGAUUUGGUAACCUUGGGAUUAUUGCUUCAGCCCAGCCAGAGCACCUUCUGGAUGAUGCAGAGUCAGCAACAAACAAACUUGGGGCACAGAGGGCUCAGAAAGAGUCUUUCUUGUUUAGAUCACUGUUAACCUGCAAAGCAUGCUUAGCAUUUGGUUCUGAUUGCCCGGUUGCAAAUAUCAAUCCAUUGGGUGGUAUCAAGACUGCAUUGAGAAGGAUACCUCCAACCUGGGAUCACGCUUGGAUUCCAUCAGAGUGCCUCACACUCGAUGAAGCAAUAAAGGCGUACACAAUAUCCGCUGCUUAUGCUUCCUUUCUCGACAAAGAUCUCGGAUCUCUGUCCCCCGGAAAGCUUGCAGACUUUGUUAUCCUAUCUACAAAUUCAUGGGACGAGUUUGCAGCUGAAGGGUCUGCUUCGAUCGAGGCAACAUAUACUGGUGGUGAACAGGCCUAUCCUUGAAGGUGCGUGCUUAUUCUCUAAAGGAUUCAUAGUUAUUAGACAUCACUUAGAAUCCGAAAUUUGCUUUAGCUCUAAGAUAAAUUCGUGCAUGCAUUACACCAUCUGUACUGUUUGCUGGUCAAUAAUGCAUGUGAAUAUUAACAUGGAAAGCAUAUGUCUGCAUACAUAAUAGUUCAAGGUUCAGUGUACGCUAUGACAUUCACAAUCAGUCAUAUUUUCAUGUUUUCUGGCUAAGAUAACGCCUUUGAUGACGUUUAAUCAAUGUCAUUUUCAUUGCUUAAUUACCGCUUAGCAUACAUUUUUGGCUCAUAAAUCAACACUAAUGAUUAUCAGAAAUUUUGUCUGA